UUGCAGAUUUCUGCGAAUAAUUUGCGAUGUGAUGGUGAUAUACGAUGCGAUUUUUAUAUUACUAAAUAUGACUGCUUCGGUAUAAAUGGUUGUGAUAUGAGCGGUUUUUAUAUUAUAGCUUCACUUUACAUAAAGUCGGUAUUAAUAGAGGGAUAAAACAUACAUUAAACAAGAGAAAAAACCAUGGAUUCAUGCACAAUGAAUCAAAGUACUCCAACAACAAAUGAACUAAACCAUAGUGAAGAAAGAGGAUUGCUAGUGAGUGAUCAAGAAGUAGAAGAGAUUACACAAUCCCUUGAAAAGGUCAACUUUAUGAGUAACACUAAAAUCCAUUUGGUGAAAUAUCAAGGUUUCUGGUAUCCUAGUGGCACUGAUCUUUUCUCUGGCCUUCUUUUUUUCCAGAGACAUUUCGUUGCUCAAAACACUGAUUUAAUGGUGAAUAGCUUCCCUAAAACCGGCACAACUUGGUUGAAAUCCUUACUCUUUUCAGUUGUUAAUCGGGUCAAAUAUCCACCUAAACAAAGCCCAUUACUUACCCACAAUCCACAUCAACUUGUCUAUGAUCUUGAGACUGAUAUUUAUGCAGGUUUGAACCCAACUCAUCCUCGCCCACACCAACUUCCUCAACUUCCUUCACCUCGGUUACUUCAUUCUCAUUUGCCCUACCCGUUACUUCCUGAAUCUAUCAAAUCUUCUUCGUGUAAGAUUGUUUACAUUUCUCGAAACCCUUUAGAUACACUUGUAUCUUGCUGGAAAUUUUAUCCAAAACUGUUGAAAACUUAUUCAGGAGAUGAAACUUAUGAAGGUCCUAGUUUACAAGAUUUCUUUGAGGAUUUUUGUAAUGGUUCUGUUUAUUUUGGACCAUUUUUUGAUCAUGUUCUUGGAUACUGGAAGCUGAGCUUAGAGAAGCCUAACAAAGUUUUAUUCUUGAAGUUCGAAGAUUUGAAAGAAAACCCUAGUUUUUAUCUGAAGAAGUUGGCUGAAUUUGUUGGUAUGCCAUUUUCUCCCUUGGAAGAAAAAGAAGGCGUUAUUGAGGAAAUAAUUGAAUUGUGUAGUAUUGGAAGUCUUAAAGAACUCGAGGUUAAUAAGAGCGGUUCGAUUCACCAGUAUUGUGAGAACAAGGGAUUCUUUAGGGAAGGAAAAGUAGGAGGGUGGAAGAAUUAUUUAACACCAUCUAUGGCUGAUAGAAUGAAAAAACUAAUGGAAGAUAAGCUUGCUGGUACCAAUUUGUCCUUCAAGUUGGAACCUGAAGAAAACAAUUUACUUGAAAAUAUUGUAGUUUAAAUUAUAUGAUUGUGUUAAUUCAACACAUACUAGACUAGUUACUUUUUCUUAUAGAAUUUAAUUAUAACAUUAUCCUGUUGCUCUUUAAUCGUUUAAGAGAUAAGAGAUGUCUGAUUGCUGUGAUACUUAUUUAAGUGAUUGAUCAGUUUUAUAUUUGUCA